CAGGAAGACGAAACAAAAUGGCGACGAAUGUGGGAGAUAGUACAGAAACAUGCGGCAUUUGUUUGAAUACAUUUAACCAUCCCAAGCUUCUGCCGUGUUUUCACACGUUUUGUUGUGAAUGUCUACAGGAAUUUGUUUCUAAAGCUUCAGUAAAUAACCGAUUUUACUGUCCAGUAUGCAGAUACGAGGUGGCAUUGCCAGAGGGAGGCGUUACAAAAUUUCAAACUAAUUUCUACGUUGAAGCCCGAGCGGUGAAGCACGCACACAACAGGGACGUCACCUGCGACGUGUGUGAACAGAAAGCGACCCAUGUGUGUCAUGAAUGUGAACUCGCUCUGUGUGAAACGUGUGUAAAAAACCACAAGUUUAUCCCAGUAACGAAAUCGCAUUUGCUUAUUCAGCUUGGUGAUGUUCUCGAGGAUAAACCAUUUGUUGUCAGGGAUGCGUACUGUGUAAAACAUAGCAGUGAAAAGUUACGAUUUUACUGCAGGCUUUGCGAUAAAGCCAUUUGUCUUUUUUGUAAGCUCACGGCCCACGAAGGACAUAACACUGAAGAUAUAUGUGAUGUCGUCGCCACCGCUCGAAGCAGUUUGGUUGAAACGAAAAAAAAACUUGAGAAAUAUCUUCCUGAAAUUAAGGAAUCCAUGGACAAGAUAAAUACCGAUCAUGCUAAUGCUUUGCUCGCCUAUGACGAUGUCAGCGUUCAAAUAAACACUUUUGCAGACCAUCUAGUAGAAAGAAUAAAUAAGAUUAGAACCAAGGCAGUGGAAACCUUGAAAGAAGUGAGACAAAGAUCAAACAAACAAUUCGCAGGUGCUUCAGAAUUGAUGCAAAGCCAUAAAGAGUUUUUGAAUCGUCAGACGGAGCAUAUCACAGACCAGCUAAAACAUGGUCUUGAUUGUGACGUUUUGAGAGCAGAUAGGGAAAUGAAAGAUAGAUUAAUCGAAGUUCAAAACAUGGACCUCAGCGUCACGAUCACCCAUAACGGUUGUCGCAGACGUCUUCCUGUCAGUUCGCCUCACGAUUAUUUGGAUGGAAUAGGAUGCGACAUCAAUGACGUUGUAACAAGUCUUUUGAAACAGGUUAAUGAGUACCAUGUAGAAGCUAAUGUUUUAAGUCGAUUCAGUUGUGGCAAUGGUAAAAUCGGUCCAUCAGUUUCUCGGAGUUGAACAAGGCUUUAAUCGUGAGCUCAAAUUGUAGUUAUUUAAAUGAAGGUUAUAGGGAAUAUGUUCUGCUUCACUGUACAAGAGAAGGCAUACAAGACAGAAUACGCAUUUCACAAAAGAAUUACGAAAAUGAUGAUACAUUAACGAUAAUGAAGAAGCAUUUAAAUCCAGAUUCAUUUGACGAUAAAUGGCAGGUUAAACGUGAUGAAAGUUGGCCAAUUAAGAUACCAAAUGGAACAAAUAUUAAAGUAGAUUUAGACAUCCGCUGUGACAUUUCAGGAGAUCUGGAUGAUACAUCUGACAGACAGGACACCCAUGGCCCGUUUGGGAAUAUCAAAAAACAGUAUCCUUCUUCUGACUGUUUUGACAACGGAGAUAAAUGUUGGAUAAGCUUUGACAAUCAAAUUGUCCUCAUUGCUUUAGAGAAUGGAAUGUUCAAGACAUUGUGUUCUAAUCCAUUUGCAGAGUCCGACGAAGAGUUUCAACCUGUGGAUGUGUGCUGGGGAACCCACAAUGAGAUCUACGUUGCAGAUACUGGAUCAGCAUCAGUUCUGGUUUACAGUCUAGAAGAAGGAUUUCAAAAAGCUCUCACAAUGCCCGAGGAAACGUUUCUACCAACUGCAGUUGCCAUGGACACAUAUGAGCAACUGUGGAUUGGACAAAGUAACGGAGUUGUGUGUGUCUGCAAUGUUUACUGCGAUAUUUAGUCCGAAUUGGACCUACAAAGUGUGUCUUUUGGGUUCACCUUGCAUUGAGACAGAUUUUUAAAAACUCACUAUAGUUUUUAGUGGGGAAAAGUGUUGUAAAUACAAGCACAAAUGCUAGGAAAUUACAGUUGGCAGACUUUUGUUUUGAUUUAUUCAUUCUGAGUGUUACCAAUUGAUCAUAUAAUAUUGUUCUUAGUUAUAAUCACAUGUAAAUUUAUAAAUACAAUUUAUGUGCUUUAAACGUA